UCGACACAACUUGCACGGGACGCGAUGACUAAUAGCGCUGGGUGCACCGCAUCCAGCACCCCCUGCCAUCUCUCUAUCCCUCCGCCCUCUCUCUCUAUCCUUUUCUUGCUCCCCUCGUCCGCCUGUCUGCUGCAUCUCGAUCUCAAUCCAUUUGAAUGAGCAAACCUAAAAGUCCUGCUCAGUACUUGCUGAAGCACUGCUAGCUGAUGUGCACCGAGCUUGAGGCGCAGCAGAAUUAGGAUGCUAGCUACGAGCUGCUUCCAUCGGUUUCACCAGGAUAACUAGGAUGCCAGAUCUGAUCUGAUUCGCCAAGAAUUCAGAGCUAUCAAAGCUUCGACUGCAAGCUCUAGCGCUGCGCUAGCUUCGACUUCAAGAAUACUCAUCACACAAAGGGCAAGGUAUCAGAUUGGAUGCUGGCUAGCUAGCUAGCUCCUCAUGUUCUUGAGCGCAAGGAGCGAGUGCCUGGAAUUGGAGGACAUCCAAGAGCUGAUCCCUAACCUCAAGGUCAUAGCAUCUACCUCUGCUGACGACAUGGAGAGCGGCAGAGGCGGAGCGGUGGACGGCCGAAUAAGCUCGUCGUUGCCGUCAUCGCCACCGCCGCCAUCCGGUCAGAGAGCGCAGUACCACCGCGGGAAGGAGGAGCCUAGUUGCAAUGGAAGCUUCUUCACCAAGUACUUCUCCGUCCUGCUGCUCAUACUGGUCACCGCGUCGCUCGUCAUCCUCCCGCUCGUCCUGCCACCACUGCCUCCGCCGCCGUCCAUGCUGAUGCUGGUGCCGGUGGCAAUGCUGGUGAUGCUGCUGGUGCUGGCAUUCAUGCCGACGUCAGGCGGCCGCGGUGCGACGGGCCCGACGCCCUACUUGUAGAUAACUAGUACGUCCUUUUCUUGUUUGUUCUUUUGGAUUUUGUGAUAGGCUGGUCAUGGCAUCAAUGUUAUGUCCAUCAUUUGAAGGUCCCCUACUGCAAUUAUCAGUAUAUUAGCAUGGAUAUAAGUCCAGCUAAAUUUUGUGUCCUGCGGCGAUCAGAACAAAGACGCAUACAAACGUCCUGAUUACUUUAAUUUUCGUUCUUUCUUGAGUACUACUGUACUAGAGUA